GUGGAGAAGGGUCAGCGGCGGCGGCAGGGCGGCGGCAGCGGCGCAGCUCUGCUCCCAGUGCGUCUUGGUCCCCGCGACCAGGCAGGUCGCUUAGCCCCAGCGACCGGGAUGCAGUCACCAGCCUGCCGAGUCCGCCGCCUCGCGUCCCCCGCGCUGCUGGCGCUCCUCGCGUGCUCCGCUGCUUUUGCUUCGAUGUCAGAAGAUGUAAAGAAAGAGGUCAAGGAUUUGAAGAAAAGUGGGAUAUCAAGAAAAAAUGGCAUAGACUUAAAAGAAAUUGUAUUUGUCAUCCAGAGCCAAAGUAAUUCUUUUCAUGCAAAGAAAGCAGAGCAAUUGAAAAAGAUCAUCUUAAAAGAGGCUGCAAAUCUUACACAGGAGCUGCCUACAGUCCUCCUUCUUCAUGAGCUGGCUCAGCAGGAAGGAGCAUGGACCAUACUCCCCCUGUUACCGCACUUUUCUGGAACAUAUAGCCGCAAUUCAUCAUGGAUUUUCUUCUGUGAAGAGGAGACAAGGAUAGAGAUUCCCAAACUCUUAGAAACACUCAGACGAUACGAUCCAUCUAAGGAAUGGUUUUUAGGAAAAGCAUUACAUGACGAAGAAUCUUCAGUAAUUCACCAUUAUGCCUUUUCUGAAAAUCCUACGGUUUUUAAAUAUCCAGACUUUGCUGCCGGCUGGGCCCUUAGUAUUCCACUUGUAAACAAGCUCAACAAGAGGUUAAAGAGUGAACCCCUAAAAUCUGACUUCACAAUAGAUUUACAACAUGAGAUUGCCCUCUACAUCUGGGACAAAGGCGGAGGACCUCCCCUAACCCCUGUGCCUGAGUUUUGUACAGACCGUGUGGAUUCCCACUGUGCUACCCAAUUCCGUUCUUUUCUACCGCUUUGUGGACAACCUGUGAAGAAGGAGGAUAUUUUUGUUGCAGUAAAAACAUGCAAGCAAUUUCAUGGUGAAAGAAUACCCAUCAUAAAGCUGACUUGGGAGGGACAGGCGAGCCUCAUCGAGUACUACAGUGACUAUGCGGAAAGUUCCAUCCCUACUGUGGAUUUGGGAAUUCCCAACACAGAGAGAGGUCAUUGUGGAAAAACAUUUGCCAUUUUAGAAAGAUUUCUGAAUCACAAUCGUGACAAAAUACCAUGGCUCCUCAUUGUGGAUGAUGAUACAUUAAUUAGCAUCUCCAGGCUCCGGCACUUGCUUAGCUGCUACGACUCCAGUAAACCCAUAGUCCUGGGAGAGCGCUACGGAUAUGGCCUGGGCACUGAUGGCUACAGCUAUGUCACAGGAGGAGGAGGCAUGGUCUUCAGCCGGGAAGCCAUCAGGAGACUUCUUGCCAGCAAAUGCCGAUGCCACAGCAUUGACUCUCCUGACGACAUGGUCCUGGGCAUGUGCUUUAGUGGGCUGGGCAUCCCUAUGAUACACAGCCCCCUCUUCCAUCAGGCUCGGCCAACAGAUUACUCAAAGGACUUACUUUCUCAUCAAGUUCCUAUAUCAUUUCACAAAUAUUGGAACAUCGAUCCAGUGAAGGUGUAUUUCACGUGGUUGGCACCCAGUGAGGAGGAAAAAGCCACACAAAAGACACAAAAUGUUUUUAGAGAAGAGUUGUGAAGCCUGGCGGCCAGGGAGCAUGGAUUGGGGUAGGGAGCAGAAAUGGAGACUUGACAUUGAUGAGAGCUGCAGCCGAGUCGGGAUGGCACCUGGCAUUUUGCCAGGGGGAAUGGUUGAGAGGUGGUGCCAGCGAGCCAUUAGGAUGGUGAUGGUUGAA